AUGUCGACCAGCACGACCAACCGCCCCAUCGCAACCGCAAAACCACGACUCUCCUCCGGCGCAAAGUCACCUCCAGCAACCACCGCACCAAAAGCCCAAGACCUCCCCUACGAAGAGCUCGAGAUCCGCAAUCGCGCCGCACGCAUACUAGAAAAUGAGGAAAUGCUGCUGUUGCUGAGCAGACAAAGACACGAGUCUGUUCUCCAGACCCGGAUAUACUGCGAAGCCAGAGCGGCCGGGCUAAAAGACGAAACGCUGAAGUUCGACUGUACCAUGGAUGUGAGCGAAGAGAGGGAUCCCAACAAGUCUGGUACGAAGAGUCCGGCGACGAAAGGCACUGCGCGUGUGGUCUCUGGUUCGAGCAAGAAUGCUGGGUCGCCGUUGAAUAGCAAGAGAGAUAAGGAUCGUGGACGAGAUGGAGGAAGAAGAAGUAUUGGGUCUGCCAGAUGA